CCAGUGUGGGUAGCGCUGGGAGAGUGAGUUUCUGAUAAGCUGCACGGUAGAUACUGGCUCGAGUGUCUAUAAAGCGUCUUACCUGAACUGUGGCACCAAGACCGCAGGCCGGAAACAAUGAUGUGCGACUCAUGCCUUUUCAUCUUCUACGUCCGAAACGUGUUUGAGCCGCGAUUCUACCUUGAUAAUCAGGACAGAUAUGCCAGAAUUACUGCCACAGGUAAGAUAACAGAUGUAUACUGGCUGCGUCAAUACUCCCGGCAAUUGUUAGUGUUACAUGCGUCUAAAAUGUAGGUCUGCCGAAGUGAAGGGAUUAUCAUUCUAUGUCUUGCAUGGAUUUCAAAAACUUGCCCCUCCACUAGGUUGCAACUGCGGUGAUUGCGUUCGUCCACUAAUUCUUAUCCGCCCUUGUGGGUUGAUGUGGUUUCCAGGCCGCUGGCUGAUCCCUUAAGUCGAGUGUCUCGCGCCUGCGGUUGUCCGUCCUGCAAUUGGUAGAAGCCUGGAAUUAGGGUUGACCGUGAGACUAUCUUCCGAAUGUCGCACCUGCUUUGAAUACCGAGGCCGCCGACGCAAGAGUGCAGUAAAUGUAUAAGACAGGUGCAAUCCUUGCGCUGCCUUACAGCUUCUGUGCUGCUGAAGUAUGGCAACCGUCUCCAGUGAGAAGGGGGCACUUCUCCCCAAGAAAGCCAGCGGCCAGCUGCCGUCGUCCAUCACUGGGCGUCCUCGUUUUAAAAACACCACACUGCAGCGGGAUGGAGCGCCUAACGCCGGAACGCCGACCGAGCAUUCAUAUCAAAAACUCACAACAGCAGGAGGCUCCAUUGAAUUGCAUUCGGGUGCGAGUGUAAAGUCUGUAACAGGUACUGGUCAAAAUGUGGUAGAUGGAACAGCUGGAUUAACCUCUGGCGUGCAGCGGGUGCUUAGCAACGAGAAAGCAAGUGAAGGAGCUCACUCAAGCGAACGAGGCGCACGAGUGAUGGACGAAGCGAGCAGAAGGGCAGCAGAACUCGAAGCAGCAGCAGACAAGUUGGAGCAAACAGAGACGGUAACCGUAAACUACGACACACGAGGCCUGACGUCGGACCAAGUUGCGGACCUCAGAAAGAAAUAUGGCUGGAAUGAAGUGAAGCCCCACCAGGUGCCUGAAUGGUUCAAAGUGUUGAAGAAAUACCUCUCCCUUGUGCCCAUGUUGUUGAUCGUCGCGGCUCUUUUCUCAGUCUGCGUGGUGGAGGACAACAUGCGCGACUGGUUUUCUUUCGCUCUUCUUCUCUUUCUGAACAACUCAAUGGUCUGGGCCGAUUAUAUUGGGCAGCGGUCCGCACAUAACGCCAUUGCAGCUGUUGAGAAGUUGGGCGCCCCGGUGUGUCAGGUGAAGAGAGAUGGACAGUGGCAGAAUCGACAGGUGCGCGAUCUCGUGCCAGGAGACGUUGUUCAUCUUAAGGCGGGCGUGAUCAUGCCAGCUGACGGAGUGUUUGUGACCAAAGGGACGACCAUCACUGUUGACGAAUCUGCUCUGACAGGAGAAUCUGUGCCUAUCCGAAAGCGUCCGGGGGCGCCACUUCUCUCGGGGUCCGUGGUAGACAGGGGCGAGGGGGAAAUGCUUGUAACUAAGACAGGCAACGACUCUUUCUAUGGCAAAACGUUGUCGUUGCUAGCGCGCGCUGAGCGACAAGGCUACCUUGAAACCGUUCUGCAUAGGACGUCGCUGUUCAUCACCUUCGUCGCCAGCUGCUGUGCCGCGUUCCUCUUCUUCUGGCAGUCCUUUAAUUCCGAUUGGAAAUUGAUUAUCCCUGAAAGGCGUUAUCUGAUUGCGCUGAAGCACGCAUUCAUCUUGAUCGCAUCUGUCGCGCCGGCAGCUAUGCCUGUAGUUACGACGACGGUUUUGUCAGUUGGAGCUCUGAUCAUUACGAAACAGAAUGCAGCUGUUUCUCGAUUGUCUGCAAUCGAGGAGGCAGCUGGCGUCGUGAUUCUAUUUAGUGACAAGACGGGGACUUUGACGAAAAACCAGCUUUCCCUUUUCAAAGAGGAGUCCAUGAUAGAGCCCGGCUACGACGAGGAAACUAUGCUUCUCUACGCAAGCCUCUGCAGUGAUACGCAGGAGCCAGAACCUAUAGACCGAACAAUCAAUGCGGCUGCCGAUAUGACAGAGCGAGCAAAGUAUCAAAUUCUUGAGUAUGUACCUUUCAACCCUGUGGACAAGAGAACUGAGGCGACUGUAGUAAGCCCUGAAGGGAAGAAGUUCAUUACUACAAAGGGUGCUCCCCACGUUAUCAGGGACCUCGUCUGCUACGAAGACCAGAAACUGCGUGAGCAGCUGAACGAACUCAUUUUGAAUAAAGCAAAGCGGGGGCUGAGGACUCUUGGAGUUGCAGUGAAACCCGUCCCCGAUGGUGUGGCUGGUGACGCGCCGCGCUGGAAGCUUGUCGGGUACUUAUCGCUGUUCGACCCUCCUCGUGAAGACACUGCCGCAACUAUCCAGAGGGCAAACGAAUUGGGUAUUCGUGUAAUAAUGGUAACUGGCGAUCAACAGGCCAUUGCUGUUGAGACUGCCAGACAGCUGCACAUGGGCACAAACAUCGUCGGCCCAGAAAUAUGGAAAGAAGAGAAGGAGACUGGCCUGGUACAAGGGAAAGCUCUUGCCGAAUUUAUUGAAACUGUUGAUGGAUUCGCUGGCGUUUUCCCAGAACAUAAGUACGCAAUAGUGAAUGCGAUGAUGGAUGCGCACAAGCUAGUAGCAAUGACAGGUGAUGGAGUGAACGAUGCUCCAGCAUUGAAACGAGCGACUAUUGGUAUCGCGGUUAGCGGCGCAACUCAAGCAGCGAGGGCAGCAGCAGACAUCAUUCUGUUUGCACCUGGCCUGAAGACAAUCAUCACUGUCAUGUCUCUGUCGAGACAAAUCUUCAAACGCGUUGAAUCCUACAUUAUUUUCCGCAUAUACACUAGCUUGAUCAUUUUGGGCAUGUGGUGGGGAUGUAUAGUAAUUUUGCGGUAUCAGUUUCCAUCCUGGACUUUGGUUCUCAUGUCAAUGAUUAAUGACUUUGUCUUGAUGAGUUGCUCUCGCGAUCGAGUUGCGAGUUCCACCUCACCCAUGAUCUGGUCAAUGCUGAGGGUAAUUUGCCUCUCCACUUGGCUUGGUUUUCUAGCGACAGUCUCUAUUCUGCUCUACGUUGUAUUCGCAGAUCCGUCACACUGUGUCAACUGGUGGCCCCGAUGGGGAUUACCAAAGUUCACUCCUGAUUGGCCUCUCCCGGUUUCUGAACACUUCAUGAGCUACCAAACAAAUGCUGGUGUAUGGCUUUUGAUGACUGUCCUCAUCCAGUUCUCGUUUCAGAGUGUUCGAACACGAGGCCUAUUUUGUAGGUACAACGAGAAUAACCAGUUCCCGGCCCUCGUUAUCAUUAUUCCCCAAAUUUGUGCUGUGGUGGUGACAAUAUUCCUUUCAAUUUACUGGAAGAUCGCAUGGAGGCCCGGGUCGGGACCACGUAUGGUGGGAAUCAAUUGGGGUCAAGCGUGGGUCACGAUCUUCUGGGGCAUCCUAUGGUUUUUUGUAAUGGAUGCCACCAAGAUCGGCUUCUACAAGUAUGCGUGGCCAGUGAUAACACGAAAUGUAGUGUACAAAUCUAUAGCUGAGACCGCCUGCCAGCGGGAGAUCGAGAACAACAACGUCGCGUCGAAAGUAAUGCAGAAUACGGUGCAUUUUCUGGAGGAGCGCGAGCGUAAUGUGGAAAAGCUUGAAGAGAAAGUGGAAGACGCUUUUCUUGCUGCAGUAACGGAUGCCGGUGAGCUUGUCAAGAAUGACCAUGGGAAAAGUCACAUUGACAGAAAGGAGCACAAAGUAUCGCCUGAGCCAGGGAAAACAAGCACCGAGGACGAAGUCUCGCUGCCGAGGAAGGACGCGAAUUCCUUCGUUGUUUCAAUCACUAGUGAAGAGGGAGCGUGCCGGACCGGCUUCGACGAUGCCGAUGCUGGCACUGCGAAACACCGAGUCGCCGUGGACCAGAAAAAUAGGGAAGUGUCGCGCUCAUCCGGGAAAACCAGUAUCCCGCUGCACCCGGAUGUCGGAAAAGGAUGCGCGGUUCCUUCGAUCACGCGUUGAUGGGGUAAUGUUGUGCUCGUUUCGAUACUCGUUGUUUUUGCAGAUGUGUACAUGCGGGCGAUAGACGAAAGUGAUUCCUCUUUUCCUUUGCUCACCAGGUGGGCACCGGCCGCUAUGCGGGGGUGUCUCCCCGUGGAAUCCAGAGCAGACCAUGCUGUGGUCACCCUAGCUAGAAAUGCCAAGAAUACGCAGAGUGUCGGCGUUGAACCAACCCGGCACACUAUUUGCUGGUCUGUCCGUGUGCCAUGGCUGCUACCCGAGGCAGUAGCUGCUGCUUUCCGCAGUGUGUCCGUAACGUAGCCCGUAGCUCAUUCGCGGUUACUGUGCGGCUUGGGCAUAUACUACGGCUUUACUUGAUAGCACGAGUGCUAUGCGAACAUGAAACUGGCAUCACUCAGCCCGUUUUCA